AUGGCCAGGGGACGCGGAGGCAGCAGUCAUAGCCAACGCCGCCCAGUUGACUUGACUGGCAUUAUCUCGGUAGCCGAGAAGAACGACUUGGCUACUCUGGUCAAUGCCAUUACGGAGAGAAUGGCGAGAGAUAUUAGUAACAUCUUCGACUCUCCUCCCGUUACCCCAAUUCAAAGCGACCAUGGCCAUCACAACUGGCUUUUGCUCCCCCUGUUACAUCACAAACCGACUAAGCCGGCAUCCCAUUCUAUGAUGGGAAUGAGACAUAUUAAUCCGCCAAAUACAUAUGACAACGCUCGAGAAAUCAUCGAAAAGGAAGAAAAGGAAGUCAUGACCCCGCAACUACGCGAGUUGAAAAAGGAGGCAAUGAUCUUCUUUCGUAAAUGGCAAACCACCGUUUUGCAACGAGUUCGAGAUAUCGCUGUCAAUGAUCAACAGUGCCCUCAGGGAAGCGCUCGUGGUCGGGGACGUGGACUGAGAGGAGCACCUCGCGGUCGAGGCGGAGGAGGAGUUGGUCGUGGUGGGGGAAUAACACGCCCCCUUACUCUAGCAACAGGACCGCCACGCGCGCCCUCAAACUACGUAGAUCGUGGUUUGGCCGCUCGCUAUCCUCCCAUUCCGAAUACCCUAUGGACCCUCGAUAUAGACAAGCGCAAAUUGUUGUUGCAUAUCGUCUUCUUAAUCAUGCUAUCUAUGCAAGAGUACACAGCGAAUUCGAGACAACUCCUCCUCUGCCUCACAACUUCGUUGAACCUCCCAUCCAAGGUGUAUCGAGAGGAAGAACUGCGCCUUGCUCAAGGAUUGGCCAAGACCGCUCUUGAUCUUUCGCCUGAGGAUGCUAUCAACCAAAAGUCCGAAGAAUCAAAGAGCGCACGGCGCUGGAAAGUUGGAUUAGGGGGCAAUUCGGGAAAGCUGGCUGCUCCUCUUAUUGGCGUCGGUAUCGGUACCGCACAUGAGGGCCAUGGUCUCACUUUAUAUGCCGCUGCAAACCUUUUGGGCACAAUGGCAGAGAAUGCAGUUGUAAUAGGUGGCCUUUUCGGUAUAAAUUCUUCGAAGCCAACGGCCAAGAUGAUGGAAAGCUUUGCUCGCGAGAUUCAAGAUUUUGCAUUCAUCCCUAUCCACGGUGUGGAAGGAUCUGAAUAUCGCGAUGCCCGAGAGAUCCCGGCGGAGUCCCGUAGACUCUGCCUUACGAUUGCUCUAAGCGGAUUUCUUCUCGAAGAUGAAGACGUUGCAAAGAAUUGGCGUUGUCUGGGCCACCUCACGGAGUCUUUUGCCACACGAUGGGAAGUUGCAGCCCUUACAAACCUUGGUACCUCACUUGAGACUGUCAUAAAGAGUAGUGCUUGGAGCAGUGGACAAGCGGAGAUUAAAGCUCGCACAAUCUUCUCAAGCCUCAUUGAAUCCAUCUGGCCAGUUGCGCUGCUCAAGAUAAGCAAGAUUAUGGACAAUCCUUGGAGUGUCGGAAUGGUAAGAGCGGAGAAAGCCGGUGCUGUUCUUGCUGAUGCCAUCAUGCGACAAAAGUUCCAGGGAGACCGGCCAGUUUCGUUAGUUGGAUACAGCCUUGGGGCCCGAGCCAUAUACGCUUGUCUCAUGGUGUUAGCAGAGCGCCGGCAGUUUGGCAUCGUCGACUCUGUCAUCUUGAUGGGUACCCCAGCACCCUCGGAAAGUCGAGUGUGGUUGACGCUCAAGAGCGUUGUGUGCGGUCGCUUGAUCAACGUCUACUCAGAGCACGACUAUAUACUGGGGUUCGUAUAUCGCACCUCUAAUAUCCAAUUCGGUGUCGCUGGCUUGCAGGAGAUACAGGGGGCAGAUGGUGUCGAAAACUACAGAGUGCGCAGCCUUCCCCGAGGCCAUCUAAGCUACCAAAGCCAGGUGAGUCAGAUUCUGAAGAAUGUCGGCUGGGAGGAUGUCAAUACGGAUGUUGUCAAGGUGGGGAAAUGA